AUGCGCUUCUGUUCAAUGGUCUGCGCCGUAUCGCUCAGCGCGAGCAUACAAUUCCUAAUCUCGGUCUUCGUCACAAUUCUCGUCUCAAUCAUUUGGAACCGCCGUCAUCACCCUAGAAUCCCUCACCCAGAGAUCGCCAGCCUUCCCACACCGGUUCCUGCAUCAUGUCUCGAAACAUCUUCAAAUCCAAGCCAACCGGAGCAGCCAAACCAGGAGGAGGCGGAGGAAACGGAGAAUGAAGAGGUCUACCCCAUCGUGCGGCUUCCAUACAGCGAGGACACCAUCGUCGCCCUUCUCAGCGAUAUCUACCGCAUCUACGUGCAACUCGGCUACAUGAACAACCGCGCUGACGGUAUGGAAGAAUUGGCCUGGCCCCCACCUGAAGGCCACUCUAUCAACGAAGCUAUCUGUGAAGAGCUCAAUCUCAGUCCUAAGGUAAUCUCCUUGAUGCGACGACUUCCUUACCCCGUCUCCAUCGGCAUCGCGGCCAAUAUCCCCUUUAUGCCGCGAUCCACUGCAUUCGUGUACAUCGACGACCGUCAAAUCCGAGACGGUCGCGAUCCGGGUCGUUGGACAUUCGACAGGCCGCGGAAAGACUUUCUCCUCCCGCACGAAAUCGCUCUCGCCUGCUCGGAUGAUGAAGGGAUCCACCUCGUUCUUGAUACGGAGGAAAAUACAAUCAGGGAGUCGGAUUGGCAAGAUCUUGAAGACGAGGACGGCAAUGCCGACUUUCGGGGGCUUCCUGCCCAGCAUGCGCCAACGUUCUUGACCGAGUACAUACACAAGCUAAGAUCCCUGGAAGAAAUCCCAGUGGGUGAGUACAAUGGUCGCUACUUCUAUCAUGUGGAAUAUGACAAAGCGUGCCCGAUGGUCAAGAAAGUCCUGCAGGAGCAGUUCGGCUGGCCGUAUGAUUUUCGAGAGACGGAGUGGAAAGCCGUCGCCAAAGAUACUCUGAAGAGGUUGGGCCAGUUGAACCCAUAGCCUAUGGCUAAUACAAAGUCAAGACCAAUUGUAAUGAAAGCAGGCCGUCAUAAAGAGCCCCAUGGGGGAACCAGAUUGUUGCCGUAUGGAAGUUGAAUGGUGGAUGGGAGCUCGAGUAUUGACUCAGUGUCAGGUUGUGUCCGAGAUGAUGCUUGGUCCUGGAAUGAAUAGCCCAGAAUAACCCUUCAGCUGCUUCUCAUCCUCUUCAUCCUCCUUCUCCUUCUUUUUGCCCCUCCCUUCUUAUAUGAUGCCUUUCUAUUGACAAUAAUCCGCACUCCGUAUAGCUAUUGUGUGAAUCAAACAAAUGGAAUUGUUCUUUUC